UUCUGAGAGUAUUUAUAUGUCUAAGAAGAAGAAACGCCACUUCUAGUCAAUCAGAAGAAGUCGCGAUGGCUGGUUUAACGACACUUCUUCCAGAUGUUGCCAAAAUCGUACCGAAAGUGUCGUUCUCUUGGUACGACUAUAUCCUUUUUUGUGUCAUGUUGGGUCUGAGUGCUUUGAUCGGGGUGUAUUUCGGGUGUUUUGGCAGCAAGCAGAGGUCAGCAGAUGAGUAUUUAAUGGGCAAUAAGAAGAUGAAAGUGUUCCCGAUUUCCGUAUCACUGGUUGCCAGCCAUGUUUCUGGGAUCACUCUUUUGGCGGUACCUGCGGACAUCUACCGCUACGGAGCCUCCUACUGGCUUCUGAUAAUCGCGGCUAUUUUCGUCACCUUCACCACAAUCUACGUCUAUCUCCCUGUCUUCUACAAACUGCAAAUAACCAGCACUUACGAGUACUUGGAACGAAGAUUUGACAACAGAAAUCGGAUGUUUGCGUCAUUUCUUUUCGCCCUAGGAUUGUUUUUGUACCUACCAAUUGUUAUCUACAUCCCGGCUUUAGCCUUAUCAGCGGCUACCGGAAUCAACAUCCAUUUAAUAACUCCGGUAGUUUGCGGAGUUUGCAUUUUUUACACCACUCUCGGAGGUUUGAAAGCCGUAGUUUGGACGGACACCCUCCAAUUCACCAUCACAACAGGGGCUGUCAUUGCGAUUUUUGUGAUUGGGGUCAGAGCGGGCGGCGGAUUUGGGGCCAUCUGGUCCAAAGCCCUGGAAGGGCAUCGCCUGGAUAUUUUUGACUUUGACCCGGACCCCACCAAACGGGACUCGUUCUGGAUUACGUCCAUCGGCAUGUCCAUAGGAUGGCUCUCGAUGGUGGGGAUUCACCAAAGUUGCGUCCAGAAGUUCCUCUCCGUCUCCACAUUCCAGGAAUCAAAACAGUGUGUUAUUUACUUUUCGAUUGGAAUAUCCAUCGUGUCGUCAUUUAGUGUCUUCACUGGCCUUAUGAUGUACGCACGCUACGCCAACUGUGACCCCUUCACAACCGGAACUGUGCAGAAAAACGACCAACUUUUGCCCUACUAUGUUAUGGACGUUGCAUCUUAUGUUCCGGGACUUUCGGGACUUUUCAUUGCUGGGAUUUUCUGCGCCGCUUUGAGCACUUUAUCCGCUUGUCUUAACUGUUUGGCAGGGACCAUGUAUGAGGAUUUUAUUUCGAAAAUAAUUGGGCAUGUGGAAGAGAAAACCACGACUUAUAUUUUGAAAUUGUUGGUGGUUAUAACCGGAGUUGUGUGUACAGUCCUAGUGUUUGUUAUUGAGCAUCUUGGAGGGAUUUUAGCCCUGGCUAUAAGUCUGGCAGGGGUUACCUCAGGGCCUUUGUUGGGCAUGUUCACACUAGGGGUUUUGUUCCCGAAAGCGUCAAGUAAAGGUUCUCUGUACGGAGCAAUUAUUGCACUACUUUUUGCUUCAUGGAUUGUCACAAUGGCCCAGUACUACAAAGCACAAGGAAGCAUAGUUGAUGUGCCAAAACCGACGUCUGUGGAUGGUUGUUUGGCUAAUUUUACAACACUUUCACCUCUUACCACACUUAAUUCCACUUUAUCAUCACUGGAAAGUGUGGCAACAGAAGAUAUUACGAUAGAAAACUCGACUAUAAGUCAAUUACUAAGCAAUUUUACUCAAGCGACCGAAAAUGGAGAAAAACCGAAACCAUUUUUUUUAUUUCGAAUUUCACAUUACUACUACACCGGAGUUGGAGCGUUGGUUACAAUAAUAUGCGGUUUAUUGAUAAGUUAUGUGUUGGAAAAUGACGAUCCUCCGGUACAUCGCGAUUUAAUAAGUCCGGUUGUUCAUUUUGCCCUUCCGAAUGAUGAUGAUAUGCAAAAAGAGAAAAACAAGGAUUAUUACAGUGUGGAAAAAGCGCUGCAUCUUGUGACGACCAACUGGGAAAAAAACGAAGACGAUGCGAAAAUAAUAAAAUCAUGAAUUUUGUAUGAAAUAAACAGUUAUUUUAGUAAAAAA